AUGAUAUUGUUUGGUUUUCGCAAUAUUUGGUUGUUUCUAUUAAUUUUUGGGCAAACAUCAGUUCUAUGCUUUUUCACAGGUAUUUCAUACAAUCGACCGAAACUUUGUGCAAAUGCAACAUGGGACCAGACGGCUAUAACUUUUGCUACGAGCGCCACGAUUGGCACGCAUCCUUUAGGUUUGUUUGUCGAUACAAACAACAGCAUUUAUGUCGCUGAUCAAACGAAUGGGAGGAUUCAAGUAUGGCUUAAUGGAAGUACUACACUUACAGGCAAUUACUCUGGUGGCUUAUACUUACCUUAUAGCGUCUUCGUUACGGACAAUAGUGAUGUUUAUGUCGACAAUGGCAACAUAAAUGGUCGGGUUGAUAAAUGGGGAUGGAAUUCAACAAGUAGUGUUCCAAGAAUGUAUGUGUGUGGACAAUGUUACGGUCUUUUUGUUGAUAUCAAUAAUAUGCUUUACUGCUUAAUGACUACGUAUCAUCAAGUUGUCUCGAAGUCAUUGGACACACGUUUAAAUGUAUGGAGUAUUGUCGCUGGUACUGGUAUAGCUGAUUCAACAUCGGUUACACUUAAUUAUCCAUACGGAAUUUUUGUUGAUAUUAACUUGGAUUUGUAUGUAGCUGAUACUUCAAACAGUAGGAUUCAAAAAUUUGCAUCAGGACAAUUAAGUGGAUUAACAAUAGAAACAGGAGCUAUUACAUUGUAUUAUCCAAUUUCAGUUAUACUUGAUGCUGAUGGAUAUAUCUUUAUUAGUGAUUGCUAUAAUAAUCGUCUUGUUGGCUCAGGACCCAAUGGAUUUCGAUGUAUAGCGGCAUGUUCUGGAUCAGCUGGUGCAUCAUCCAGUCAAUUAUAUUAUCCAAAUACCAUACGUUUUGACAGUUAUGGAAAUAUAUUUGUCAUGGAUCAAUUCAAUGACAGGCUGCAAAAAUUUAUUUUCUUACCAAAUUCAUGUAAUCGAACGACAACAGUAACAACGAUGGCCACGGUUACUUCAAUGAAUAAUACUCAAUCAGUUUCUGUAACAACAACUGUUCCUGGAAUAAAUUCUGCAACUGCACCAUAUUUAAACCCUAUUUCAUACAAUAUACCGAAAUUCACUGCGUAUACUACUUGGAGCUCCAAUGCAAUAACUUUUGCAGACACUACCAUGAUCGGAAUAUAUCCUUACGGUGUAUUUGUUGAUAAUAACAAUACGGUAUAUGUAAGUGAGUAUUCUUUAAAUAGUGUUCAAGCGUGGCCUGAAGGUAGUAGUAAUCCCACAAGAACUAUUUCCGGUAGUUUAAACCUUCCAUAUACUGUUUUCGUUACAAGUAAUAGUGAUGUUUAUGUUGAUAAUGGUAAUUCAAAUAGUCAAGUCGAUAAAUGGACAGUAAAUGCAACGACGGGUGUUUCAGUAAUGAAUGUGAAAGCCGCAUGUUGUGGUCUUUUUAUCGAUAUUGAUAAUAAUAUUUAUUGUACACCACUUUAUUAUCAUCAAGUUAAUAUGAAGUCAUUGAAUAGUAAUUCAAAUAUAUGGACAAUCGCUGCUGGUACAGGUUGUGCUGGAUCAACGUCAAAUACGCUUUAUGAUCCUCGCGGAAUCUUUGUCGAUACAGAUCUCAAUUUGUACGUUGCUGAUUUUACCAAUAAUAGGGUGCAAAAAUUUCUAUCAAAACAAGUAAAUGGAAUAACGAUAGCCGGAACUGGAGGAACCGGAACUAUUAGUCUCAAUGGUCCUAAUGGAGUUGUUUUGGACGCCGAUGGCUACGUAUUCAUUGCAGAGUAUUACAAUAAUCGUAUUGUUGGAUCGGGACCAAGCGGAUUUCGUUGUUUAGUAGGAUGUUCAACUGUUGCAGGUUCAGCAUCUAAUCAAUUAUAUUAUCCAACAAGUUUAAGUUUCGAUAGUUACGGUAAUAUGUUUGUUGCUGAUAAUGUCAAUCAUCGGAUUCAAAAAUUUUCUAUAACAAGCAAUAUUUAUAGUACAACUAUCAAUCAACCAAGCUUCUGUCCAUCUACAACUUGGUAUACAAAUGCAAUUACAUUUGCUGAUAGUAGUACGGUUGGAACUUACGUAACUGGUAUUUUUGUUGGUAUUGAUAAUACUGUUUAUGUAGCGAAUGCACAAACUAAUCAGGUUGUAAUAUGGUUCGAAGGAAGUAUUAAUCCAGAUGAAAUUCUUUCUGGUAGUCUGAGUUCACCGUUUGAUCUUUUUGCUACUCCUUUAGGUGAUAUAUAUGUUGAUAAUGGUGCUAAUAAUGGCCGAGUUGAUAAAUUCUCAUUAAACUCAAAUAUAAGUACUUCUGCGAUGUCAGUUCCUUCUACAUGUUAUGCUAUUUUUGUUGAUAUUAGUAAUACUCUUUAUUGUUCAGCCUUUAGUUCUCAUCAAGUUGUUAAGAAAUGGUUGAAUGAUAAUGUACUUACAUCAACUAUUGUUGCUGGUACAGGUACAGCCGGAUCAACAGCAACUACGCUUUAUUACCCUUAUGGAAUUUUUGUCGAUGCUGUAAUUAACUUAUAUGUUGCAGAUUCCUAUAACAGUAGAAUACAAAUGUUUCCCGUUGGACAAUUAACUGGAAUAACUUUAGCAGGAGAUAGUGCACCGGGAACUAUUACACUUAAUAGUCCAAAUGGUAUUAUAUUAGAUGGUAAUGGAUAUCUUUUUAUUGCGGAUACUUAUAAUCAACGAAUAGUUGGAUCAGGACCAUAUGGUUUUCGAUGUUUAUUUGGAUGUACAACAGUAGCUGGUUCUUUACCAAGUCAAUUGUAUUAUCCAGCAAUUUUAAGAUUUGAUAGCUAUGGAAAUCUAUUUGUUGCUGAUAGAUAUAAUGACAGAGUCCAAAAGUUUAUAUUAGCAUCGAAUUCAUGUAGUCUUUCUUAUAAUCAACCAACAUUUUGUUAUAAUGCUUUAUGGUAUUCUAAUGCAUCAACGUUUGCAUCAAGUAGUACAAUUGGUACUUCACCUUAUGGUAUUUUUAUUAAUGGAAUUAAUACUGUAUAUGUACCUAAUCGAGUUAGUAACACUAUUGUAUCAUGGCCUCAAUGGAGUACUACACCAACAAGUAAUAGUUAUAGUAAUUUGAAUAAUCCAUAUAGUCUUUUUAUGUCUAUGGCUGGUGAUAUUUAUAUUGAUAAUGGUUAUUCAUAUGGUCGAGUUGAUAAAUAUAUAUUUAAUACAUCAAAUCAUGUUACUGUUAUGAAUGUUAAUGGAAGUUGUUAUGGUUUAUUUAUUGAUGCGAAUAAUAAUCUUUAUUGUUCACUUAAAAAUCUUCAUCAAGUUGUUAAACUCUUAGUUAAUAAUGGUACAACCAUUCCUACAAUAGCAGCUGGGAAUGGUUCUGCCGGAUCACUAUCAAAUAUGCUUAAUUCUCCUCAAGGAAUCUAUGUUGAUAGUAAUUUAAACUUAUAUAUUGCAGACUGUGCGAACAAUCGUAUUCAAUUCGUUCAAAUUAGUCAAUUAAAUGGAGUGACAAUCGUUGGUAAUGGAUCAUCAACAAAUUUUAUACUCAACUAUCCAACUGGAAUUGUCCUUGAUGCUAAUGGUUAUCUUUUUAUUGUCGAUAGUUAUAAUCAUCGUAUUGUUGCUUCAAGUUAUUAUGGUUUUCGAUGUAUAGUGGGAUGUUCAGGAGGUGGUUCAACUGCAUCUCAAUUAUCUUUUCCACAAAGUAUGGCUUUUGAUAGCUAUGGCAAUAUAUAUGUUACUGAUCGAAAUAAUAGUCGAGUGCAACAAUUCACUCUUCAAACUAACAAUUGCAGUAAUAGUAGUAGUAGUAGUGGUACUUGUGGUACUGCUACUGCUUGUAGUUGUACUACUGGUAGUGGUAGUGGUAGUAGUGCUACUUGUAGUACUGCUGCUUGUAGUACUGGUGGUGGUAGUGGUAGUGCUACUGCUCGUAGUAGUACUGCUAGUCGUAGUGCUACUCGUGGUACUGGUUGUAGUAGUAGUAGUGCUACUAGUGGUGGUGGUAGUACUACUUGUUGUACUGCUACUGCUUGUAGUCUUACUUGUGGUAGUAGUAGUAGUGCUAGUUGUGGUACUGCUCGUACUGCUCGUAGUAGUAGUGGUGGUGGUAGUCGGUAUUGCUGA